AGUACGCCCCACAUGUUCAAAAGAAUAUAGGCUAGACGAAGAACAGUUUUAACAAAUUAAUUUUAAUAUUUACUAAUAUUGAUUACGAGUAUAAGCGUAAUGUCUACGGAAAACUGUGAACAAAACUGUACAAUUCAACAAGUAGACCAAAAUAGUGAGGUACAAAACGAUGUGAAUGAAUUAUCCGCGGUAGCUGGAGGAAGCUCGGACGUAGAAUCUAAUGAAACAGCUAAUGAUGAAUUCAAUUACUUAAAACGCAACGAAUUCACUUCGGAAAUUUAUAAAAUAGAAGUACGGAAUUUGGGAUACUUUGGCAUUGGCGAAUUCAAGAAGCUAUUGAAAUCCAAGCUGAACUUAAACAUGACUAAGAUUAAAUCGCCGUUGAGAAAAGAAUUCGCUUUCGUUUGUUUUCGUAGUCAAGAGGACCAACAACGUGCAAUUGAAACUCUUAAUGGCUACAAGUGGAAAGGCAAAGUUUUACAAGCGUCUGCUGCGAAAGCAUCUGCCGAUCCGCUGCAGAAGCGCCGCAAUGAGCAUGCUCAGCGUGAGGAGGGAGCUGUGCAGCCAAAGCGUCAACGCACAUCUGCCGACGCAAUCUGUCCCUACGCCAACUUGCCUUACGAAGAACAAUUGCAAAAGAAAAGCAUUGAAAUGCAGGAGCUUCUAAAGAAAUUCACAAACAAAUUACGCAAUAUUAAUCAAGAAGCUAAGAAAAUAUUGAACGAUUUUCAAUUCGAUGGUGUGAAAGCGGCUCCGCAAAUCAAUGGAUAUCGAAACAAAAAUGAAUUCACUGUUGGGAAGAAUGUUCAGGGUGAAAUAGUUGUUGGCUUCCGUUUGGGAAGCUAUGCUGAUGGUUCGGUGGAAGUUUCGGAAAUACAAGACCUACCUCAUAUUCCAGAUUCGGCAAAGUGGGCGGCACAAAGUUUUCAACAGUUUGUUAGAAAUUCAAACUUUUUGCCUUUCAAUCCUGAGGACAAUUCUGGGCAUAUACGACAGUUGAUGGUGCGUACAUCUGCACAUACGGGUGAGAUAAUGUUGGUUGUUGGAGUUUAUUCCUCCAAUUUAAACGAUACUGAAGUGGUAGACUUGAAGAGUAAACUUAGAGAAUAUUACGAGACUUGUACCGAAAAUCAAAACGGGUUUAAAUGCACAUCAUUAUACUACCAAGAUGUAAAACAUAGGCAAGCGGGUCAAAUGGUGUCACCUGUCGAGCAUCUCUCCGGUAGCACGCAUAACACCGACACCAUACACUCUCUCUCUUUUAAGAUAAGUCCACUAGCAUUUUUUCAAAUAAACACUCAAGGCGCUGAAGUCCUUUACGAUAAAGCUAUCCAAUUAGCUGCACCCCAACCGCAUUCCACAGUGCUGGACAUUUGCUGCGGCACUGGCACAAUAGCCCUGGCCUUUUCAAAACAUUGCAAACAAGUCCUAGGAGUAGAAAUUAUACCAGAAGCAAUAAAAGACGCAGAGUUUAAUGCGGCAGCUAACAAGAUUGGGAAUUGUAAAUUUUUUGCUGGUAACGCAGAUGACUACAUACAGUCAAUGGUGCGUGAAGUUGUGUACGGCAACGCUCCUGGUGCGCCGCUAGACCUGAUAGCCGUAGUGGAUCCGCCGCGGGCCGGAUUACACAAUAAAUCAAUAGCAGCAAUACGCGCAGCAAGUGCGAUUAAACGACUGGUAUAUAUAUCUUGCAACCCGGUACAUGCCCAAAGAAAUUGGAUUGAAUUGGGCCGGCCUGAGUCGAAGCAAUACAAAGGCGAUCCCUUCUUCCCGAAAACAGCCAUUGCCGUAGAUAUGUUUCCACACACCACACACACAGAAUUGGUAAUUCUUUUCGAACGCAAGGCGCAGUCGGUAGCUCCAGGAAAAUCUGAGGAUGUGAAAACCAAGGAUAAUAGCGAUGACACUCCUGAUGCAAACCAAACUGAUAUCGUGAAAUGAAAGUCGACGUUGAAUCAACGAAAAGUUAACAUUUUUUUGUUCCAAGGAAUGUGUGAAUACGCUAAAUACUAAUAUUUUUGUUUAGCAGCAAAAAUAAUAAGUCCGAUUUCGUUUUGCAUAGUCUGAAAAAUUAUAAAUAAUAAUUGAAUAUAAAUAAAUUUUAUAUAAAUAUAACUUUAAA